AUGGAGAUCGAUCUAUGCGCUGUUACGGAAAGACCCAGCUCGAUAUUCGGACUCUCGGGAGAUGCUACUAUGACUCUCGGCUCGAUCGACCUCGUUGUUAAAGCCGGGAGCGUCAUCAAAGUCACGGAAUUCUUAGUCAUCGACCGCCCAACAUCGUACAACGCGAUCGUCGUUUCAACCCCUCGUGGAGUCGAAACUAUACAAGGAGACUACAGGAUGUCGCAAGUAUGUUUCGCCGCCGAGUUAAAAAGAAAGAAAUUUUCGAUCAAAACUUCCCAUAAAAAGAAAAAAAAGCUGACACUCGAUGAGAACGCCCAGAAACGAGACUCGGAAGUCUUCUGGCAAUCUCAAAGGGCCGAAGCCCUAGAAGGGAAGCACGAACCGACUUGCGAACCGGUAAUUUCGAUCUGCCUCGACGAAUCCUCUCCGGAGCGAUGCGUCGAGAUUGGAGCCAACCUCCGCGAGCCACUAAAGACAGAGCUCAUCGCCUGUCUCAAAAAGAACCUCAAUGCGUUCGCUUGGGCCGCGGAAGAUAUGCCAGGGAUCGAUAUCGGCAUAACGUAUCAUGAGCUUAACAUCGAUCCGACCUACAGACCCGUCAAACAAAAAAGACGAAAGCUAGGACCGGAGAGUGCUACCGUGAAAAACGGUAAAUGGCGAGUAUGCGUCGAUUUCACCGAUCUCAACAAGGCAUGUCCAAAGGAUUGCUUCCCACUCCCGCACAUCGACCUACUGGUCGAAGCAACAGCAGGGAACAAACUCUUAUCAUUUAUGGAUGCCUUCUCCGGGUACAAUCAGAUCAUGAUGAAUCCCGACGAUCGUGAGAAAACUCCGUUCAUCACCGAUUAG